AGCAACCUAGAACAUAAGGAAAGAGGGUUGGUUGCAGACCAUAUGGCGCACCGAAUGUCAACUUCGGAAAUGUAUUAUAAGGCGAGCCAAUCUGGCUCUGCUGCUGUUAAGGCACAUCAACUUAUUAUGUCUAGCAGAGAAAUAGUAGCCAACAAGGAUGUCCAUUCUGAGGCAGAAGAGAAUAACCAAUCUGAAAUAAAUGAAGAAAUAGAGGUCGUUGAGUCCGAUUCAAUUGAUCCUGUUAUUCAGGAGUUGUUGGAUACAUGCAACAAGGCGAACCAAGCAGAACAGACUACCAGUAGACCGGUACCAGAAACGGUGAUUACCAGACCUGAAGUACCAGAAACGGUGUUUCCAGAACCAAGCCGAUUUGGACCGAAGUCAAAAUUUGACAAGGAACCCAUUGUAAUGGCGGAAGUACAAAGGUUGUUUGGCAGAAACAUUGCCAACAAUUACGUGAAUAAAAAAGAUGCUUUUGAAAUCUACAAAGGAAACCAAAUAUUAAAAAUAUUUAAGUUUCAGGCUUUGUACGACAAAAUGAGGAGGAUGUAUCCCAAGAAUUGUAUUGCAAAAAAAUAAGCUGAAAUCAUCUCGUCGCCAUUCUAUAUCAUUGCGCAACUUGAACUCAUCUGAUAGUGGAGCGAAUUUUUGAUGUUUUGAUGACUCCGGAGAAAACAAAUUGUUUUGAUAUGUUGUAUAA